GCUCUGCCUCCGGCUUUGCGCUCACCUGCUGCCUAAGCUUUCUGCUCCUGCCCCAGGACCCCCGGGUGGGCCCUAGACCCCAGGGCCGUUCCCAGACUCAGCCCCUGCCCAGAUUCUCCCCAGCCCCUAGCCCCGACAGCGCGCUAAGCCGCCAGGGGGCGCCGUGUGAGGGCCCUAUCCCGGCCACCGGCGCCCCCUCCCACGGCCCAGGCGGGAGGGGGGUGCCGGGGGCCAUGCGGGGCCAGGGCCGCAAGGAGAGUUUGUCCGAUUCCCGAGACCUAGACGGGUCCUACGACCAGCUCACGGGCCACCCUCCAGGGCCCACUAAAAAAGCGCUGAAGCAGCGGUUCCUCAAGCUGCUGCCGUGCUGCGGGCCCCAAGCCCUGCCCUCAGUCAGUGAAAACAGCGUGGAGGAUGAGUUUGAACUGUCCACCGUGUGUCACCGGCCUGAGGGUCUGGAGCAGCUGCAGGAGCAAACCAAGUUCACCCGCAAGGAGUUGCAGGUCCUGUACCGAGGCUUCAAGAACGAAUGCCCCAGCGGAAUUGUCAGUGAGGAGAACUUCAAGCAGAUUUACUCCCAGUUCUUUCCUCAAGGAGACUCCAGCACCUAUGCCGCUUUUCUCUUCAAUGCCUUUGACACUAACCAUGAUGGCUCGGUCAGUUUUGAGGACUUUGUGGCUGGUUUGUCGGUUAUUCUUCGGGGAACGGUAGAUGACAGGCUGAAUUGGGCCUUCAACCUGUAUGACCUCAACAAGGACGGCUGUAUCACCAAGGAGGAAAUGCUUGACAUCAUGAAGUCCAUCUAUGACAUGAUGGGCAAGUACACGUACCCAGCACUCCGGGAGGAGGCCCCAAGGGAACACGUGGAGAACUUCUUCCAGAAGAUGGACAGAAACAAGGAUGGUGUGGUGACCAUUGAGGAAUUCAUUGAGUCUUGCCAAAAGGAUGAGAACAUCAUGAGGUCCAUGCAGCUCUUUGACAAUGUCAUCUAGCUCCCCAGGAGAGGGGGUCAGUGUGUCUUGGGGAGAACAUGUUCUAGCCCUAGUCCAGGCAGAC